ACAAGACAAGACCAGACAAGAACAAAACGAUCCCCCGGUCGCUAACAUCCCUGGACUGGAUACGGUAUAGAUGACGAUGUCGGGCAUGAAUGAUAACAACAACAACAAUGACAAUGACAAUAACAACAUUGUACUCUUCCAUUACCGAGCUUCACCUUAUGGACGUCGAGUCACAGCAUAUCUCGCAUUAAGGAAUAUUCCAUAUGCAGAAUGCAUCCAACCACCGAUGUUGCCGCGACCGGAUAUGGAGGCAUUGGGCAUCAAAUACAGGCGAUCACCUGUAAUGGCCAUUGGUAGAGACGUGUACGUGGACACACGGAUCAUCAUCACGAAGCUCGAGGAACUCUUUCCCGCUUCGUCAGCACAUCCUGGUCUCUCGACGCCCGACACGAUCGGGCUGGCGAAUCUCUUGUCCAAGUUUGUGGUCGAUGGCGGGGUGUUCAAGAGGGUGGUGUCCCAAAUUCCACAGGACUUGCCCAUGUUGAAGGACCCCAAAUGGCAAAAGGACCGAUCGGAGUUCCGUGAUGCUGAUCAGAAACGGAAUCCGCACUUGGUCCGGCCCGAGGGGACAGUGCAUCUACGCCAGUGCUUUGAUAUUGUAGAGGCGCUGCUGGCAGAUGGGAGGAUGUGGAUAGGUGCUACGCCGGCUAUCUCUCUGGCGGAUCUUGAGGGCGCGUGGGUGCUGGACUGGUUCUUGGGCGACUUGAUGCCUGAUCAGGCCUUCUUUUCCCCGCGUCACUAUCCCAAGGUCCACGCAUGGAGGAGUCGUUAUAGCGAAGCUGUCGAGGCGGCCAAGAAGCGUGCCCAGAAGCCGGUCAGACUGCAAGGGAGUCAAGCGGUCGAGGCAGUCACGUCUUCAGGCUUCCAAGAUCGUGAUCUGGAAGUCGAUGCCGCCGACCCUCUGAAGCUACUGAAAGGAGACUAUGUGAAGGUCUUUCCUACCGACGGAGGCGGCUCUCAUCAGGAUAGCGGAAGAUUGAUCAAACUAACCAAGGAUGAGGUUGCUGUUGCCGUACAGGCCCGAUCGGGCGCUGAUGUUCACAUACAUGCUCCCAGAUGGGCAUUCAGAGUCAUCCAGGCCAAUCGCGAUGGGGCCAGACUCUGAGCAGGCCCGGCGUAUAAUCAGACUUACCUUACCUUACAUACAUGUACCCAGACAAGAUGUGACUGCUCGUUUUGUCGUUCUCCGCUUGCUGCCUGCAAACAAAAUAGUUCCAGCGAAGUGAUGCCUUACGCAGCUCCAGGAUUCCUGGGAGAGGCGUGCAUAUGCACAUUUACUUCCGACGGUACACAGUCAGACACGACAUUUACGUGUACAUGAUACACUGCAUCUCACGUUGGCGACCACCACGGACAAGGCGGGAUUCAACUAUGGUUCGCGGGUGCGCGCGUUUUCUUAUCAGGUGGUUAUAGUUCCGCUGGGCCAUGUCUUCAGUUCGCGCCGGUGGUGCUGGCAGUGGGAGGUGCAUAGACGAGCACGUCGUCGUGUAUAGUGCUCUGCUGCAGCGGAGGGGUGGUGGUGUAGCACUACAUGUACCUGUCAUGAUGAUGAGGUGGAGGUGGGGGUAGAGGAGGUGGAUGGUGAUGAUGGUGAUGACGGUGAUGGUGAUGAUGAUGGUGAUGAUGAU